AUGAAGACCACCACCCUCCUCACCGCCCUCCUCACCACCAUCUCCCCAGCCCUAUCCGCCACUAUCCCCGUCCCUGCCGCCAGAGACAUCGCCCCAGUCCACGACGUCUCCGCCGACGGUCUCUACCGCAUCAUCGUCGAUUCCGAAGGAAACACCCAGCAGACGGAAUUCACUCCUUACGAUGAGAUUGCCAACUUGACCUCCUCCAACUCCAUCCCAGGCUCCGGUUCCGGCUACGGCUCCGGCCUCGAGAAACGCAGAGAAGAUUGCGGCCCCGGCUCAGUCAACGUCAACGAUGCGGAUGAGGCGAAUAAGUGUCUGCUGGACGCUUUUAAUCCGGGAGAUGUGCACUUGAAUAAGCAUGCUUGGACCUACUGCGUCCGCCGCGACGUAGUCUCCUUCAUCUGCCCCUACUCCAGCAACGGCUACAAGCCGCGCGACGCCAUCCAGGCCACCAUGUACCACGUCAAGCAAAAGUGCGGACCGAGCAAGAUGGGGUACGCCCAGGUGUCGUACGGGUUACGCGCUCAAGAGCGAUAA